UUUGAGUUUAUUUCAAACAUGCAUGCAUAUAACAUGAUGCAUCACACAUGCAUGCAUACAUGAUACAUCACACAUGCAUGCAUACAACAUGAUGCAUCACACAUUCUUGCAUACAAUAUGAUGCAUCACACGUGUACACACAACAUGAUGCAGCACAUAUGCAUGCAAACAACAUGAUGCAUUAUACAUGCAUGCAUACAACAUGAUACAUCACACAUGCAUGCAUGCAUACAACAUGAUGCAUCACACAUGCUUGCAUACAACAUGAAACAUCACACAUGCAUGCAUACAACAUGAUGCAUCACACAUGCAUGCAAACAACAUGACACAUCACACAUGCAUACAACAUGAUGCAUCACACAUGCAUGCAAACAUGAUACAUCACACAUGCAUGCAUGCAUAUAACAUGAUGCAUCACACAUGCAUGCAUACAACAGGAUGCAUCACACAUUCUUGCAUACAAUAUGAUGCAUCACACGUGUACACACAACAUGAUGCAUCACAUAUGCAUGCAAACAACAUGAUGCAUUAUACAUGCAUGCAUACAACAUGAUACAUCACACAUGCAUGCCUACAACAUGAUGCAUCACACAUUCUUGCAUACAAUAUGAUGCAUCACACAUGUGUACACACAACAUGAUGCAUCACAUAUGCAUGCAAACAACAUGAUGCAUUAUACAUGCAUGCAUACAACAUGAUACAUCACACAUGCAUGCCUACAACAUGAUGCAUCACACAUUCUUGCAUACAAUAUGAUGCAUCACACAUGUGUACACACAACAUGAUGCAUCACAUAUGCAUGCAAACAACAUGAUGCAUUAUACAUGCAUGCAUACAACAUGAUACAUCACACAUGCAUGCAUGCAUACAACAUGAUGCAUAACACAUGUGUGCAUACAACAUGAUGCAUCACACAUGCUUGCAUACAACAUGAUGCAUCACACAUGCAUGCAUGCAUACAACAUGAUGCAUCACACAUGCAUGCAAACAACAUGACACAUCACACGUGCAUGAAUACAACAUGAUGCAUCACACAUGCAUGCAAACAUGAUAAAUCACACAUGCAUGCAUACAACAUGAUGCAUCACACAUGCAUGCAUACAACAGGAUGCAUCACACGUGUGCAUACAACAUGAUGCAUCACACAUGCGUGCAUACAACAUGAUGCAUCACACAUGCAUGCAAACAACAUGAUACAUCACACAUGCAUGCAUGCAUACAACAUGAUGCAUCACACAUGUGUGCAUACAACAUGAUGCAUCACACAUGCAUGCAUACAACGUGAUGCAUCACACAUGCGUGCAUACAACAAGAUACAUCACACAUGCAUGCAAACAACAUGAUGCAUCACACAUGCAUGCAAACAACAUGAUGCAUCACACAUGCAUGCAUACAACAUGAUACAUCACACAUGCAUGCAUGCAUUCAUACAACAUGAUGCAUCACACAUGCAUGCAUACAACAUGAUACAUCACACAUGCAUGCCUACAACAUGAUACAUCACACAUGCAUGCCUACAACAUGAUGCAUCACACAUUCUUGCAUACAAUAUGAUGCAUCACACAUGUGUACACACAACAUGAUGCAUCACAUAUGCAUGCAAACAACAUGAUGCAUUAUACAUGCAUGCAUACAACAUGAUACAUCACACAUGCAUGCAUGCAUACAACAUGAUGCAUCACACAUGCUUGCAUACAACAUGAUACAUCACACAUGCAUGCAUGCAUACAACAUGAUGCAUCACACAUGCAUGCAAACAACAUGACACAUCACACGUGCAUGAAUACAACAUGAUGCAUCACACAUGCAUGCAAACAUGAUACAUCACACAUGCAUGCAUACAACAGGAUGCAUCACACGUGUGCAUACAACGUGAUGCAUCACACAUGCGUGCAUACAACAAGAUACAUCACACAUGCAUGCAAACAUGAUGCAUCACACAUGCAUGCAUACAAUAUGAUGCAUCACACGUGUGCAUACAACAUGAUGCAUCACACAUGCGUGCAUACAACAUGAUGCAUCACACAUGCAUGCAAACAACAUGAUACAUCACACAUGCAUGCAUGCAUACAACAUGAUGCAUCACACAUGUGUGCAUACAACAUGAUGCAUCACACAUGCAUGCAUACAACGUGAUGCAUCACACAUGCGUGCAUACAACAAGAUACAUCACACAUGCAUGCAAACAACAUGAUGCAUCACACAUGCAUGCAAACAACAUGAUGCAUCACACAUGCAUGCAUACAACAUGAUACAUCACACAUGCAUGCAUGCAUUCAUACAACAUGAUGCAUCACACAUGCAUGCAUACAACAUGAUACAUCACACAUGCAUGCCUACAACAUGAUGCAUCACACAUUCUUGCAUACAAUAUGAUGCAUCACACAUGUGUACACACAACAUGAUGCAUCACAUAUGCAUGCAAACAACAUGAUGCAUUAUACAUGCAUGCAUACAACAUGAUACAUCACACAUGCAUGCAUGCAUACAACAUGAUGCAUCACACAUGUGUGCAUACAACAUGAUGCAUCACACAUGCUUGCAUACAACAUGAUGCAUCACACAUGCAUGCAUACAACAUGAUGCAUCACACAUGCAUGCAAACAACAUGACACAUCACACAUGCAUGAAUACAACAUGAUGCAUCACACAUGCAUGCAAACAUGAUACAUCACACAUGCAUGCAUGCAUACAACAUGAUGCAUCACACAUGCAUGCAUACAACAGGAUGCAUCACACGUGUGCAUACAACAAGAUACAUCACACAUGCAUGCAAACAACAUGAUGCAUCACACAUGCAUGCAUACAAUAUGAUGCAUCACACGUGUGCAUACAACAUGAUGCAUCACACAUGCGUGCAUACAACAUGAUGCAUCACACAUGCAUGCAAACAACAUGAUACAUCACACAUGCAUGCAUGCAUACAACAUGAUGCAUCACACAUGUGUGCAUACAACAUGAUGCAUCACACAUGCUUGCAUACAACAUGAUACAUCACACAUGCAUGCAUACAACAUGAUGCAUCACACAUGCAUGCAAACAACAUGACACAUCACACAUGCAUGAAUACAACAUGAUGCAUCACACAUGCAUGCAAACAUGAUACUUCACACAUGCAUGCAUGCAUACAACAUGAUGCAUCACACAUGCAUGCAUACAACAGGAUGCAUCACACGUGUGCAUACAACGUGAUGCAUCACACAUGCGUGCAUACAACAAGAUACAUCACACAUGCAUGCAAACAACAUGAUGCAUCACACAUGCAUGCAAACAACAUGAUCCAUCACACAUGCAUGCAAACAACAUGAUACAUCACACAUGCAUGCAUGCAUUCAUACAACAUGAUGCAUCACACAUGCAUGCAUACAACAUGAUGCAUCACACAUGCAUGCAUACAACAUGAUGCAUCACACAUGCAUGCCUACAACAUGAUGCAUCACACAUUCUUGCAUACAAUAUGAUGCAUCACACAUGUGUACAUACAACAUGAUGCAUCACAUAUGCAUGCAAACAACGUGACACAUCACACAUGCAUGAAUGCAACAUGAUGCAUCACACAUGCAUGCAAACAUGAUACAUCACACAUGCAUGCAUGCAUACAACAUGAUGCAUCACACAUGCAUGCCUACAACAUGAUGCAUCACACAUUCUUGCAUACAAUAUGAUGCAUCACACAUGUGUACACACAACAUGAUGCAUCACAUAUGCAUGCAAACAACAUGAUGCAUUAUACAUGCAUGCAUACAACAUGAUACAUCACACAUGCAUGCAUGCAUACAACAUGAUGCAUCACACAUGUGUGCAUACAACAUGAUGCAUCACACAUGCUUGCAUACAACAUGAUGCAUCACACAUGCAUGCAUACAACAUGAUGCAUCACACAUGCAUGCAAACAACAUGACACAUCACACAUGCAUGAAUACAACAUGAUGCAUCACACAUGCAUGCAAACAUGAUACAUCACACAUGCAUGCAUACAACAUGAUGCAUCACACAUGCAUGCAAACAACAUGACACAUCACACAUGCAUGAAUACAACAUGAUGCAUCACACAUGCAUGCAAACAUGAUACUUCACACAUGCAUGCAUGCAUACAACAGGAUGCAUCACACGUGUGCAUACAACAAGAUACAUCACACAUGCAUGCAAACAACAUGAUGCAUCACACAUGCAUGCAUACAAUAUGAUGCAUCACACGUGUGCAUACAACAUGAUGCAUCACACAUGCGUGCAUACAACAUGAUGCAUCACACAUGCAUGCAAACAACAUGAUACAUCACACAUGCAUGCAUGCAUACAACAUGAUGCAUCACACAUGUGUGCAUACAACAUGAUGCAUCACACAUGCUUGCAUACAACAUGAUACAUCACACAUGCAUGCAUACAACAUGAUGCAUCACACAUGCAUGCAAACAACAUGAUACAUCACACAUGCAUGCAUGCAUUCAUACAACAUGAUGCAUCACACAUGCAUGCAUACAACAUGAUGCAUCACACAUGCAUGCAUACAACAUGAUGCAUCACACAUGCAUGCCUACAACAUGAUGCAUCACACAUUCUUGCAUACAAUAUGAUGCAUCACACAUGUGUACAUACAACAUGAUGCAUCACAUAUGCAUGCAAACAACAUGAUGCAUUAUACAUGCAUGCAUACAACAUGAUGCAUCACACAAGCAUGCAUGCAUACAACAUGAUGCAUCACACAUGCAUGCAUACAACAUGAUGCAUCACACAUGCAUGCCUACAACAUGAUGCAUCACACAUUCUUGCAUACAAUAUGAUGCAUCACAUAUGCAUGCAAAGAACAUGAUGCAUUAUACAUGCAUGCAUACAACAUGAUACAUCACACAUGCAUGCAUGCAUACAACAUGAUGCAUCACACAUGUGUGCAUACAACAUGAUGCAUCACACAUGCUUGCAUACAACAUGAUGCAUCACACAUGCAUGCAUACAACAUGAUGCAUCACACAUGCAUGCAAACAACAUGACACAUCACACAUGCAUGAAUGCAACAUGAUGCAUCACACAUGCAUGCAAACAUGAUACAUCACACAUGCAUGCAUGCAUACAACAUGAUGCAUCACACAUGCAUGCAUACAACAGGAUGCAUCACACGUGUGCAUACAACAAGAUACAUCACACAUGCAUGCAAACAACAUGAUGCAUCACACAUGCAUGCAUACAAUAUGAUGCAUCACACGUGUGCAUACAACAUGAUGCAUCACACAUGCGUGCAUACAACAUGAUGCAUCACACAUGCAUGCAAACAACAUGAUACAUCACACAUGCAUGCAUGCAUACAACAUGAUGCAUCACACAUGUGUGCAUACAACAUGAUGCAUCACACAUGCUUGCAUACAACAUGAUACAUCACACAUGCAUGCAUACAACAUGAUGCAUCACACAUGCAUGCAAACAACAUGACACAUCACACAUGCAUGAAUACAACAUGAUGCAUCACACAUGCAUGCAAACAUGAUACUUCACACAUGCAUGCAUGCAUACAACAUGAUGCAUCACACAUGCAUGCAUACAACAGGAUGCAUCACACGUGUGCAUACAACGUGAUGCAUCACACAUGCGUGCAUACAACAAGAUACAUCACACAUGCAUGCAAACAACAUGAUGCAUCACACAUGCAUGCAAACAACAUGAUGCAUCACACAUGCAUGCAAACAACAUGAUACAUCACACAUGCAUGCAUGCAUUCAUACAACAUGAUGCAUCACACAUGCAUGCAUACAACAUGAUGCAUCAAACAUGCAUGCAUACAACAUGAUGCAUCACACAUGCAUGCCUACAACAUGAUGCAUCACACAUUCUUGCAUACAAUAUGAUGCAUCACACAUGUGUACAUACAACAUGAUGCAUCACAUAUGCAUGCAAACAACAUGAUGCAUUAUACAUGCAUGCAUACAACAUGAUGCAUCACACAAGCAUGCAUGCAUACAACAUGAUGCAUCACACAUGCAUGCAUACAACAUGAUGCAUCACACAUGCAUGCAAACAACAUGACACAUCACACAUGCAUGAAUACAACAUGAUGCAUCACACAUGCGUGCAAACAUGAUGCAUCACACAUGCAUGCAAACAACAUGAUACAUCACACAUGUGUGCAUACAACAUGAUGCAUCACACAUGCUUGCAUACAACAUGAUACAUCACACAUGCAUGCAUACAACAUGAUGCAUCACACAUGCAUGCAAACAACAUGACACAUCACACAUGCAUGAAUACCACAUGAUGCAUCACACAUGCAUGCAUGCAUACAACAUGAUGCAUCACACAUGCAUGCAAACAACAUGAUGCAUCACACAUGCGUGCAAACAUGAUGCAUCACACAUGCGUGCAUACAACAUGAUACAUCACACAUGCAUGGAUACAACAUGACACAUCACACAUGCAUGCAAACAACAUGAUGCAUCACACAUGCAUGCAAACAACAUGAUGCAUCACACAUGCGUGCAAACAUGAUGCAUCACACAUGCAUGCAUACAACAUGAUGCAUCACACAUGCAUGCAAACAACGUGAAACAUCACACAUGCAUGCAAACAACAUGAUGUAUCACAAAUUCCAGUUCCUCUUUUCAACAUGUUGGAAAAGGAGUAGGAAGAAGCAGAGUUUAUUUAACCUUACCACCUUUUCCUUUCCAUAGCAGUUGCUAAAACUUUUGUUCACUUCCUGUCCUCAAUUUAUUCACAAUAUACUCCAUAAGUAAUCACAAUAAAAAUAAAUAAGUAAUACUCGAUGAAGUAAGUUACAUUUCAUUAAGUGAGAUGAGUAAGAUUAUUUAGAAAAUGAAUGGAUGGAUGAAAUAAAUUCAGAAUGUUGAUCUUGGUUCUUCUUGUACUUUGUAAACACUUUAAGUUUGAAGAGUUUCUCGAAGUGUUGUUGUUGAUAAUAGAGGUCUAUUAUUGGUAUCGUUCAUUAUCAAUAGCGAUAUUUCUAUUGGUAUUUGUAUUGCCGCAGUGUAAUAAUGCUCAUUGUCAUUUCCGUAUUAUUGUUUAUUUCGCUAACUGCUUCUUUGCGAUCACUUUUACCAUCAUAUUUGUACUUACUACUUACAGUAAAACGCCGUAAAAACGACCGUAGAUUUUACAGUAAAACAUUGGGGAAAAAAAACAUUGUACAUUUUAUGGUCAAAUUUUAGCAGCUAUACUUUACUCUCAAAUAUAUAUACCGUAUUUUCUUGAAUUGCCGCCGGGCAUAUAGUAUGCGCCUGCCUUGAAUUACUGCCGGGUGGAACUCGCUUCGCAAAAUAAUUAGCGCAUGCUUAGUAUUACCGCCGGGUCAAACUCGUGACGUCACGAGUGACACUUAGUCAAGUUAUUUCAAUAAUUUGAAAUCGCAUUAAGGGAAGAAGAUUAAGAGCUAUUCAGUAGGAUUUAAGGUCCAAGCUAUUGAAUGCUUAAAAGAAAAGUAAGCAGCUAUGUUUUAUUAAUAUACCUGUGGAGCUGACGGUCCGACAGUCAGGCAGGGGACGCACAAGAUGGCGGCGAGCGAGCAGAGAGGAGGAGCGGAAAAGCGACCUGGGCUGAGGUUUUAUUGAAAAAUAAACAAAGUCAAACUGCUCAAGCUAUGUCCUUCCUUGGUGGUCCUGGGAACCCGCAAGACGACGGCUUGAGAGCCUCACAAUACCGUAGUUACGUCUGUCAAAUAUGAGUCAUUAAAUGACUCCCGCCUCCUGGUGGUAGAGGGCGCUAGUGAUCCUUCUUGCGACGAUUCGGCUGCAGAAGAAGUGAAAUGAGUGACGUGAAUUGUGUUGGGACGGAUAUGACGCGGCGGGUGCACGACGGACCUUUUAGGAUGGAACACCUAUGCUGGCUUUGUAAACAACCGGGCUGAAAUAAAGCAUGUUCCAGUCCAAAAUACCCAGUGUACUAUUCGUACAAUAACACUUCAUGGUGGCAGCGGUGGGAUAAAGAGAUCACCCACAGAGCAGAACGGGAGGGGGAGUUGUCCAAGGAUAAUUCUGUCGUCGUCCGCACUCGAGGAGCCGAGCUAACUGGACAUUCAAUCAAAGCAGGAGGUAAUAAAGGAAUAUCUCCAUCGAGACAGAGAGACUUUUAAAACUGAAGAAAGAUAAGGAAGACUUCUGUAAACAAGUUAUCGAUGCUUUUGAUCAGAAGGAGCUGGCAUGGAUUUCAUUUAUAAGUAAAGGUAAGACCAUAAUAACGUUUUUUUUAUGAAAUGUGCUUUUCAUGAUGGUAUCCUUACAUCACACUUAAUUUUUUACUGCAUGCCUUUGGUAAGUGCCAGAGUGAGAAGAGGUUUUAAAAUAAUUAGCACAUGCUUACUUUACCGCAAGUCUUUGGUAAGCGCAGGAGUGAGAAGAGGUUUUAAAUUAAUUAGCUCCCCGGCGGCAAUUCAAGAAAAUACGGUAUUUUUCUUACAGUGUAUGUAAAAAUAUAUAACAAUAAAUAAUUGUGUAAUGAAGCAAUUUAAAAUGUAUAUAUUAUUCAAUGUUACUUGAAUAAUACACAAUGAAAAACAGUUUGACGCCCCUGUUAUAGAUUGUUCUAAUUAGCUACUCUAAAGAUGCAACAAAAAAAAAGGAUCUGCAUUGAAAUAAAUAACAUUUUAUUAUACAAAUUAUUUAUUUAUUUUGGGGAAGUUUAAAGAAUCUUUUGAAGGCUCUUUUAAAAGAUCGACGGUCGUCCUUUUCCACAUUGCCUUUGCUCUCCUUGGAGGUCAGAUGGAGCUCUGCAGAGACAAAACAAACACAAUUUCAAUUCAUUGAGAUCCGACGUAAAAUAAGACGUUAGCGGGCGGCAGGUUGUUACCUUCUUCAGUGAAGACUGGUGUUGUGAUGACGUAACGGAGGACUUUGUCAUCUCGGCUGAAUGGACAGACGGCUUGACGCCAGAGCACAAAGUCACUCACCGGCUUUGCAAUAUCCCCAAGUUUCUAGACAGAAAGAAACGCUUAGCAGGAGUAAAAUCAAAGUAUAUACAUGUACAGUCGUGGUCAAAAGUUUGCAUACACUUGUAAAGAACAUCAUGUCAUGGCUGUUGUAGACAGGCUUAGGAGGAGGGGGAGAGGAGAUCAAGGGGGGCGAGUGAGAGGGGGUAAGAGGCGAAACUUCCGUAGUCUGGUCAGAUCAACUAGGGCGAUGCGAUUUGAAUGUGUCGUGCAUAGAUCUGGUCUCCCAAAGCUUUGGUAUUAAAAUAUCAAGAUACGCAACUCUGUCUCAGGAUUCAUUUAAAACCAGCUUAUGUGUCAUCAAACGAACUCUGGGGGGUGACCGGCUGGUUCCGUGACCCGGAUACCUUACCCCCUCUCACUCACCCCCCCUUCUACUCCUCUCCCCCUCCUCCUAAGCCUGGGACAUUUGAGAUAAGAAGAGUGUUAUGACUUCUCGCUACAUUCCAACAUUCAAGGCCAAUACUUAGCUGUUCUAAAAUAUGACUAGGAUUUAAAAAGAUGUCUAUCUCCAUCACUGUCUUGACUCGCCAAUAAUUUCUACAACUCAUAUUUUGUGAGAGAGUGAUCGAAGCACAUAUGGACAAAGAUAAGACCUUCUGGAGGAAAGUUCUGUGGUCAGAUGAAACAAAAAUGGAGCUGUUUGGCCACAAUACCCAGCAAUAUGUUUGAAGGAGAAAAGGUGAGGCCUUUAAUCUCAGGAACACCAGACCUACCGUCAAGCAUGGUGGUGGUAGUAUUAUGCUCUGGGCCUGUUUUGCUGCCAAUGGAACUGCUGCUUUACAGAGAGUAAAUGGGACAAUGAAAAAGGAGGAUUACCUCCAAAUUCUUCAGGACAAGCUAAAAUCUUCAGCCCGGAGUUUGGGUCUUGGGCGCAGUUGGGUGUCCCAACAGGACAAUGAUCCCAAACACACGUCAAAAGUGGAAAAGGAAUGGCUAAAUCGGGCAAGAAUUAAGGUUUUAAAAUGGCUUUCCCAAAGUCUUGACUUAAAAAUUGUCAUAGCGUGGACUUUGGGGUUGUCAUGUCUGAUCAUUUUUUUGUUUGACCUUUGGACUCUUUAAGUUCCUGUUUGUUUUCACUCCCUUGUUUUGUUGCCAUGGUUGCAAAUUGUGUCCACCUGUCUCUGAUUAGUGCUCGCCCGCUCACCUGCUUCUUGAGCACUAAUCAGAGGCAGUAUUUAAGCUCUUCUUUACCAAUCAGUCGCCCUGGCGUCAUUGUGAUCUUUUCUUCCUCUGUGCUGACUUUAUUCAGGCCUUGCCAUGGUUUCGUGUUUCAUGCCAAGCCAAGUAAGUUUUGUUUGAAUUAUGUUCAUAGUCUGUUCAUGCGUUAGUUUUGUUCCUCUGCCCAAGCUGUGAGCGCCUUUUGUUUGUAUCUUUUUUUUUAGUUAAAAUUAAAUCAUGUUUUUACCUAAACGUCAAGUUCCGACCCCCCCCCCAACCCUGACGGGUUUGUUUUUCCGGAAUGCAAAGGAAAGUUGGCACGGGCAAGACGUGAAGGUAGGGACAUAUUUAUUUAUUACUAUAAAAAAGGAACAAAAGGCGCGCACAAGGGGGAUGUACAAAAAUUUGCUAAUGAAACAUGCCAAGUAAGUUUUGUUUGAAUUAUGUUCAUAGUCUGUUCAUGCGUUAGUUUUGUUCCUCUGCCCAAGCUGUGAGCGCCUUUUGUUUGUAUCUUUUUUUUAGUUAAAAUUAAAUCAUGUUUUCACCUAAACGUCAUGUUCCGACCCCCACCCCCCCACACCCUGACAGGUGUUUGUUUUCCCUGAAUGCAAAGGAAAGUUGGCGCGGGCAAGACGUGAAGGUGUUUGUUUUCCCUGAAUGCAAAGGAAAGUUGGCGCGGGCAAGACGUGAAGGUGUUUGUUUUCCCUGAAUGCAAAGGAAAGUUGGCGCGGGCAAGACGUGAAGACGAGGAAGUCCAGGGGAGAGAGAAGUUUACAGGUCUGAGUCCAAUGCGGGGGAAGUCAAGGAUCAAGGGAGGCAGAGUCCAGAGGGAGAUCCAGGGAGAAGUGAGACGCACAGGUCACUUUCAAGGCGGCGGAGGAUCCCCUGCAGCUGUGCGGAUGUUCGUUCGCAGCGGAGAGGGAACGCCCGUGGUGCUCUCACUGGAGCGCACAGAUGGAUGAGCGGUGGUGGCAGGAGUCUGAGCCGUAACAUUUCCCUAAAUAUCGAAAAUAAUUCAUAUUCUCUUCAUGUCAUAUUAUGCUCUUUCCAGUGCUGUUGUUUUUAGGCUAUAGAGUUUGUAUCCAAUCAGAAUUCAGCUUGCUUAUGUUGCCAUGCUGUACCAAAUCUGCCCGGGGCCUUCAGAAUCAACAAUGUCUGUGCACUGUAAGUGAACGGACACAUACCGUUGAUAGAUAAUUGCCAUCUCUCUCUGUGGAACGCUUUUCCUGACCACCUGAGGGCCCCACAGACUGUGGAUGCUUUAAAAAAAGGCUUAAAAACCCUUCUGUUUAAAAAAGCCCUUUUUUUUAGAUAUAUGCAUGCAUACUAGUUCUAGCUAUUAGGCUGUUCUAGUUUUUAUUUGUGUUUAUAUUUAUUUUUUUUAACACACUGUAGCACUGUUUUUUACAAAUAAAUUCUAUUAUUAUUAUGAUAGCCAAUCAGAUCACAAGUUGUUGUCAGUAAGGCCUUCUAGCUGGCCUCACGCUGUGAUUGGAUACUCACUUGGGAGCCCCAAGUUUUAUGAUUUAAGUUCAUUCCGAACUUGCUUACGGUUACAACAUGAUACAUCCCAAUUUCCAGUUUUGCCUUUAAAACAUGUCGGGAAAAGGAGUAGGAAGAACUUAAUCCUACCCCUUUUUUCAUUUCAUAGCAAUUACUAACACGUUUGCUGACUUACUGUGAACAAUUUAAGUCCAAAAAUAAUAAAGUUCUCAAGAAUAUAAGUAUUAAAUAGGUGACAUGAGUGUGAAUGUUGUCUAUCUGUGUUGGCCCUGUGAUGAGGCGGCGACUUGUCCAGGGUGUACACCGCCUUCCGCCCGAAUGCAGCUGAGAUAGGCUCCAGCACCCCCCGCUACCCCAAAAGAGACAAGGGGUAGAAAAUGGAUGGAUGGAUGGAAUAAGAUUAUCUAAAUUUAAAUAAGGUUGGAAAUCACAGUUCUUCUUCUUUGUUUCUGUAAACAACAUGAGUUUAAACAGUUUGUAAAAUUGGAUCAUAUAACUACUUUGUUUGACUUAAUCCGUUCCGUAUUGUUACGGCUCGGACUCCUGCCUAAGCCAAGGACGCGCGGUGCGCGUAUCCGCCCUGCAGCAGCCACCAGGUGCAAUCAUUUUCCAGCAAUCAACACGCCUGUCCUUGAUGAGCGAUCUGCCUUCUUAAGCCUGGACAACCUGCCAUCGCUCGCCAGGGUAUAGGCUUCUGUACCUGUCGCUCCCCGUGUUCUCUUGUUGUUUCCCUCCCGGACUGCCCUUUUGGAUUCUCGACCUCCCGCUUGGACACGUUCCUCUCGACGCCUCAACGGACUUCCUCGUUCCUUCGCUCUCGUCAACACUUUGAAGGAGGACUUAGACCGGAGCCCGCCUUUUUCUAAUGACCGCUUCAGGAAGGCGGGGUGUCCCACGCCACCACCGCGUACAGCUGGUUGUUGCUGUUGAGGAUAACACACAUCCGGGCGACUCUCCAGCACUCACUCCAGGGAAUCCAAAAAGGGCGGUUAAUCUGACCUGCCACCAGGGGCUCCAAAAGGGGGCCCCGCUGACCCGCGUCUGGGCGAGGGACCUGUUUGUCUUAUAAGGGACGGCGUGGCGCAGUGGAAGAGUGGCCGUGCGCAACCCGAGGGUCCCUGGUUCAAAUCCCACCUAGUACCAACCUCGUCACGUCCGUUGUGUCCUGAGCAAGACACUUCACCCUUGCUCCUGAUGGGUGCUGGUUGGCGCCUUGCAUGGCAGCUCCCUCCAUCAGUGUGUGAAUGUGUGUGUGAAUGGGUAAAUGUGGAAGUAGUGUCAAAGCGCUUUGAGUACCUUGAAGGUAGAAAAGCGCUAUACAAGUACAACCCAUUUAUUUAUUUAUAAGAGCCUACCAGAGGGCAUAGAAGUCCCCGGAUAACAUAGCUCCUAGGAUCAUUUGGACACGCAAACUCCUCUACCACGAUAAGGUGGCAGCUCAGAAAAGAGCUGUUAAAACCCCCUGUGUGCAUUUGCACACUGUCUAAUGAUAUGGUUGCAUGUUUAGUGUUAUCUUAAAGUAUGUAAUGAUGCUGAUAACGACAAUCACACAGAUAUGUUUUAUUCUGAGCAUAGGCCCUCAGAUUGUAGGACAGAAUAUCCACUGUUGAUUUAUUGCCCAGCCAAUGACACUCUCCAAGUCCAAAGAUUGCUUUGUUGUUUACCAAGCUCUCAGCAGGAAGACCCACAGGGAUCUCAGCUCGCUGGUUCUGAACCCAAAACCUUGACUGCAGGAAUGCCAGUUUUCUGCCCAGGCUCAAGCGUGAUAAUCUGAAGUGUGCAAAAUGAAGAAACGGAGCUAAAGAUGGGUUCAGCAUUGUCAUCCUUUGGUCAGCUGUGCGGGCGUCAGAAAAAGAAAGAAGAGGAGAGACACUUUCGAGCCAACGACAGAAACUACAACCUGUCUCACCAUUAUGCCAAUAACGCCAUUAAGACCUCCAAAUACAACAUCUUCACCUUCCUGCCACUUAACCUUUUGCAGCAGUUUAGGAGGCUCGGCAACUGCUUCUUUGUCUUUCUCUUCAUACUCCAGCUGAUCCCACAAAUUUCCUCGCUCGCCUGGUUCACCACAGGCGCCCUUCUCAUCGUGGUCCUCUCUAUAACGGCGGUCAAAGAUGCCACUGAUGACAUAAACAGACACAAGAGUGAUGAAGAACUGAAUAACCGUAAAGUGAAGGUCCUCAUCAAUGGCGAACUUCAAAGUGAAAAAUGGAUGAAUGUUCAAGUUGGAGAUGUCAUUAGGCUAGAAAAUAACCAAUAUGUCACGGCGGACCUUCUCUUGCUCUCCAGCAGUGAACCUCUUCAUUUAGUCUACGUAGAAACAGCAGAAUUAGACGGUGAAACCAACCUGAAAGUGAAACAGGCUCUGACUGUUACUGGAGAGCUGGGAGGCAGCAUUGAAGCACUGGCCAACUUCAAGGGAGAAGUAAGAUGUGAACCCCCAAACAACCGGCUUGACAAAUUUAAAGGCACACUAACAGCGGAUGGACAAAUGUACUCUUUGGACAACGACAAAGUGCUUCUACGAGGAUGCACUGUGAGGAACACAGAGUGGUGCUUUGGACUGGUUAUCUUUGGAGGUCCUGACACCAAGCUAAUGCAGAACAGCGGGAAAACGACGUUCAAGCGGACCAGCGUUGAUCACCUAAUGGAUGUCUUGGUGCUUUGUGUAUUUGUCUUCCUGCUGGUCAUGUGCUCCAUUCUGGCCAUCGGCCAUGCAACCUGGGAGACGCAGGAGGGUUCAGCCUUCAACGUGUUUCUCCCGGGCGAACCUGGCGUCGAUGCUCCUCUCUCAUCAUUCCUCGCCUUCUGGUCCUAUGUCAUUCUUCUCAAUACCGUGGUGCCGUUGUCUCUCUUUGUUAGCGUGGAGGUCAUCCGUCUGGGGAAUAGUUUCUACAUCGACUGGGACAGGAAGAUGUAUUACCCCAAGUGUGACACUCCCGCCCAGGCCAGGACCACCACUCUGAACGAGGAGCUCGGUCAGAUCAAAUACAUCUUCAGUGACAAGACGGGCACCCUGACGCAGAACAUCAUGACCUUCAAUAAGUGCUCCAUCAACGGCAACAAUUAUGGAGACCUGUUAGACUGUUCAGGACAGAGGGUGGAAUUAAAUGAGAAAACACCAAGGGUCGAUUUCUCGUGGAACAACCUGGCCGAUCCUAAGUUCGUUUUCCACGACCACAGUCUGGUAGAAACUAUUAAGGAGGGCAACAUGGAGGCUCAAGCCUUCUUCCGUUUACUGGCUCUGUGCCACACUGUGAUGCCGGAGGAAAAGAAAGAGGGGCAGCUCCACUAUCAGGCUCAGUCCCCCGAUGAGGGCGCUCUGGUCACCGCUGCAAGAAACUUUGGAUUUGUGUUCCGCUCACGCACACCAGAGACCAUCACGGUCAUAGAGAUGGGCAGACAGGUCACCUACGACCUUUUGGCUGUGUUGGACUUCAAUAAUGUGCGCAAGAGAAUGUCCGUUAUCGUGCGUGACCCUGAGGGGAAGCUGUUUCUAUUCUGCAAAGGAGCAGACACUGUCAUCUUUGAGAGGCUGCACUCCUCCUGUAACAAACUGAUGGGCAUCACCACCACACACCUCAAUGAGUACGCAGGCGACGGGCUUCGCACAUUAGUCCUGGCUUUCAGGGAUUUGGACGAGUGCUAUGUUAAGGAGUGGAUGCAGCGCCACCACCAGGCCAGCACCGCCAUUGAAGGAAGAGAGGAGAAACUUGAACAGCUAUAUGAAGAGAUCGAAAAAGACUUGUUGCUUCUGGGAGCAACAGCAGUAGAAGACAAGUUGCAGGAAGGAGUCCCAGAGACAAUAGAGCAGCUGGCUAAGGCCGACAUCAAAAUGUGGGUGUUGACUGGAGAUAAACAAGAGACGGCUGAGAAUAUCGGCUAUUCCUGCAACAUGCUGCGGGAAGAGAUGAAAGAGGUGUUUGUGGUGUCUGCAAAUACAUCAGAAGGUGUCAAAGAAGAGCUACGGAGUGCUAGAAGGAAAAUGUGUCCAACAGCGGCCGAGGAACCAACUGUGACCAAAGCUCGUGCAGGCCUCCUCUGGCUUCGGAAGACAGAAACUGUGCCUGAUGACAAAGUGGACGGAGAAUAUGCUCUUGUUAUCAAUGGACACAGUCUGGACUUUGCUUUGGAGAAAGUCUUGGAGUUGGAACUGUUGAUGACAGCAUGCAUGUGCCAAACAGUGAUUUGCUGCAGGGUCACACCCCUGCAGAAAGCCCAGGUGGUCGAACUGGUGAAGAAAUAUAAACAGGCAGUGACUUUGGCCAUUGGGGACGGGGCCAACGAUGUCAGCAUGAUCAAAGCUGCACAUAUCGGUGUUGGCAUCAGCGGCCAGGAGGGCAUGCAGGCUGUCCUGUCCAGCGAUUACUCCUUCGCCCAGUUCCGGUACCUGCAGCGCCUCCUGCUGGUGCACGGGCGCUGGUCCUACCUGCGCAUGUGCAAGUUUCUCCACUAUUUCUUCUACAAGAACUUCACCUUCACCUUUGUGCAUGUCUGGUAUGCAUUCUUCUGCGGGUUCUCGGCACAGACCGUGUAUGACCAGUGGUUUGUCAGCAUGUACAACGUACUGUACACGGUUCUCCCAGUUGUUGGCAUGAGUCUCUUUGACCAGGACGUGAAUGAUCGCUGGAGUAGCCAGUACCCUCAACUUUACGCCCCGGGGCCUCUGAACCUUUACUUCAAUAAGAAGUCUUUUAUGCGCUGCAUGAUCCACAGCUGCUUCAGCUCCCUCGUCGUUUUCUUCAUCCCUUGGGCGGCCAUGCACGACACGGUGCGAGAUGACGGAAAAGAUAUCGCGGACUAUCAGUCCUUCGCUUUACUGGUGCAGACGUGUCUCCUUGUUGUGGUCAACAUCCAGCUUUGUCUGGACACCUAUUACUGGACAGCUGUAAACCAGUUCUUCAUGUGGGGCAGCCUGGCAAUUUAUUUCCUCACCACGUUUGCCAUGCACAGCAACGACAUGUUCUUCAUCUUUGCCUCCGUUUUCCCCUUCAUCGGUACAGCCAGGAGCUCCCUCAACCAGCCGAGCGUGUGGCUAACAAUAUUCUUGACAUGCCUCCUUUGUGGUUUGCCAGUGGUGGCUUUCCGAUUCAUGAUCAUCCAGCUGAGACCCACCAUCAAUGACAAGGUGAGACUAAAGGUACGUAAGGAGGCGUUGCCUGCUCCCGCUCCUCGCCAUCCACCCGCAAGGCGUAGCAGCACCCGGCGGUCGAGCUACGCCUUCUCUCACGCUGAAGGCUACGGUGAUCUUGUCACGUCCCGCAAGUUCCUGCCGAGAUGUCCCGUAAAGAGUCGGCCCGCCCUUUUCAAUAAUUCCCCUUUGGCCCAGAACAGACCUCAACUCUACCGUACCGUGACAGAGGAGACCAGGACCAGUGCAUGAAUUGCCCCCUUAGGAUUAAUAAAGUCGUUUGGAUUUAAUGACAAUGACAAUGGGGACAGUGACGAUGGUAAGGAAAAUGUACUAUUAGAAAUAUAACAGUGACGGAGAGAUAAAGGGCUAGGAAUACGUUUGUGAUCAAAUGUAUUAUAAAGCCCCCCUGUCAUUCUGUAAUUUACAUUUUACAUGCACCUCCUCAAGAAAAAUGGAACCCUCCACAUAAUACUGUAUCUUAAUUAGGGAUGUCAAAGUUAAUGCAUGCAAUCAACCACAAAAAUGUAUCUCAUCAUUCACGUAUGAAUCCAUUUUUUUAAAUAAGCUUUAAUAAGCUUGUUUGCAUAAGUGAAUGUUAAAGAACAGGUCAUACAGAAACAUUUGGCAUCGAGGUUAUGGUUUAUCUAUCGGCUACAUCAGCACCUUGUUAUUUGCAAUGUGAUUCUUCAUAAUGUGCACUCCAUACUAAACUGUUACCAAGUUUUGAGCUAAUAAAUGAUAAA